AUGGCCAACAACACCAUUUGUUGUGAUCGCACCGCGCUCCGCACCGAUGUUUGUGUCAUACAUGGGGAUGUCCGCACUAAGGCCGCCUCCAACUCGCUCUUCUUGCUUGUGCGAACUAACUCGUCCGCAGCCACUGCCAACGAGAGCAUCUGGCCCUACAAGCCGCCACCCAUGUCUCCGCCCACUCUGGCUCCAACACUGAAUCUGCUGUUGGCUCCCACACCACCUCCAAAGCCGCAACAUGCUCCACCGCCGAUGCUGCCGCCCUUCCCGCCACUAAAACCCACACCUCUACCUACACCACCACCAAUGCUACCACCUCCUCUAAAACCUCCGACGCCACCACUCCACCACCACCACCACCAGUGCCGCCUCCUGCGCCACCACCAACACCUGCGUCACCACUUAGACCCCCUCUAG